CGCUCUUCCUUAUUUCAAACAACGCCAUCGUUCACGAAGGAGCCUAUCAGCAUUUUGCAGGUUAUGAGCAACAACCAAAUGAACUCAGUUCAUAAACCCAUCAUUAGAAGCACAAAGUCACCUGAGUAGUCUGGUUUACAACUCCUGUCCUCAAUCGCAGAGCAAUCAAAGACGACUCGGCUGCUUUAAGAGUUAAGAACCACGAAUUUGGACGUGAGGUAUGGAACAGAGUCGGCGCRAUGACGGUAGUUCUUCCGAAGUCGACCAGAAGCAGCAGCCGAAACCGUAUAAGUGGAAGUACCAGUAUCCCUACCAGAAGCACUAGGAACCUUCUACAACACCCUGGAGCGUAUCGAUGGCUCUUUUUGGUGGGGGUGUUGCUAUGUCACAGAUUGCUAAACGAGUCUCGCAUGCUGAGAAUCAUAGACUUUGGGAUCUCUUCCUUGGAAGCCACGCGCGACAGGUUACAAGAGCACGAUUGCAAACCACGGCAGAAACGACCACUGGCUGUUGUUCACGUCGGUCCACGUAAUACGGGAUCGAACGGGAUCCAGCAUUUAGUGUUACAGUUCAUGGACCAAAUGAAAGAACACGACAAAUAUGUGGUUCCGGUGGUACCGGGGGGACCCAAUGAAAUCGACAUAACAGCAUACGACUACUAUUACGCCAAGGACAACACUAGAGACUUACCGAUUGAUAAGAACACGGCCCAUUUGGCGGGUUGCCUGAACCCUGACAACCUUGGAGGCUGGUGCAAAUCCUUCGUAGCGAACUUUGAAAAAUUUCUAUACAGGGCGGAUUGCGAAGCUUCCAACAUUGUCUUCUCGAGCGAAGAGUUCAGCAACCCAUACAUAGAAAUUUCCCUCCUCAAAAAACUUCUGGAACCAAGCUUCAGAGUCCGGAUCGUAUUGUACCACCGGCGCUUCGAUCUCUGGUUUCGCUCGAUGCACAAUGAAUUUGUUAAGUCGACUAGAGAUUUACAUGGCGAUGGCGUAGUGUUCCCCACCAUUGACAAGUGGCUCGCUACGAACGGUGUCCUCGGAACACAAGGGAUGUGGUCCCCGGUCGCUGUCUACAGAAGAUAUUCGAAGCACUUUUCAAACAUCACAGUCAUUGAUGUAGACCGUCUCAAAGSAACUGGCACAACGAUAGAAGAAUCCUUCUUUUGCAACGGAAUUCCCGACGCACCGGUCACGUGCCGAACCAUUCGCGCCUGGGCCGGCUCCAUGGGCAACCAAAAAUUGCCGGCCAAUCCGAGCCAAUCGCUUUACGAGAUAUCGGUGCUCGGCGCCUUGCGUGCCCAGGGAUACAAUGUGACGAAGAAGGCGGAAACCGCCAUCCGGGCUCGCCUAAGGGGAUCGCAUGUUUUUGACGAAUUAAGCAAGGUUUGUCCGGGGAAAGACCGCCUACAAAAGUUUUUAAACAUGACCCUUUCUUUUGAGAGAGAGCUGGCCGACGCGCUAGCGGAUCCUUCCUGGAACUUCGACGCGAAGGCUCUGAAGCAAGACUUUUGGGAAAAUGUUGCACCCAAGUUAUGCUCGAUCAAUUUGACGAUCAUCGAGGGCUGGAAGACCGAGGAUUGGUUUCGUGAGAUGGUAAAAAAUGAACCCGUACCGCCUUCUCAAAUCGCAAAGUUUCAAAAAUAUCUUUCCAGGCUCUCUAACGCCUUCGAGGAUCCAUAGAGACCCAGUCACCUGACCAUACCCGGCUUUCCUGCCGGAGCAAUAUUUUUAAAAUCCAACUGGAUUCCCUGCAGGGAAUAUCCCCGAUAGUACGACGACGAUGCCRAUUUUUUUGAUACGAUAGAUCGUGCCGACUGGAUCAAUACCUCGGACUCCAAGGGACGAAAGUAUAUGCCGACGACGUCUUCCUCUCCAGGAUUACCAUAGAUGACCAUCAAUGAUCUACGGUGGCGCGACAACCCGCAGCCAAACAAACGAAUCACAAAUUGCUUUAGCACUACACCUACGGCACAAAGAACUGGUAGAUCGAAUGGGAUUAUUUG